GCGGUGUUGGGGCUCGAGGUGGUGGGCUCUCUGAUUUGUACGAAACUGACGGUGGAGAGCGAGCGAUGGUACAGCGAGCGGGACGCGUAGAUGCAUAGACGAAUGGACGGACGGGCGGGCAGGCGGGCGGUGUGGUAUGGUUCGGACGGCCUGGCCUACGGAUGGCUGGCUGAUACUGCGGGCAAGACGACGACAACAACAACGGAAAGAAAAGUACAAAAAAGCAAGACAAAACAAGUUCCGACAUUUCGACAAGCAGGAGAAAGCAAAAGCAGAGACCCCCGCAUCGACACUGCCCACAAAAACCACGGCCUACCAGCAACAACUAGCCGCAGGCCUCUCCUCUUCCUUUCUCUAAUUGCUCCUUCCGUUUUCUUGCUCUCAAGCUUCCGAAGCAGCAGACCGGCCAGCCACACGACCCCUCGGCCUUCAUUCAUGUAUGAUAGAAAACCAGACAAAACUAAAACUUAUGGGCCGGCGAGCUUGCUACUCACACUACACCACACUGCACUGCACUGCACUACUCCACACUACGCGUUGUUUUGGCUCCAUGGCGGAUGGUUGGUUGGUUGGAUGGGCAGAAGGACAGAAAAUAACAUUGCAUUGUAUUUUAUCUUUAUCUUUUUCUCUGUUGUUGUUAUUGUUGUCGCUUUGGUAGCUUGUGUUAUUAAGUUUUGGUUUGUGGACUUCUUUUGGCUUGGGUGCGUGUGGAGUGGAGGGAUUGGUAGGGAGGUGGGUAGGGGUGUUUAGUAGGAGGUUUGAGUAUACAACGUCCGUCGUUGCGAACCGAGAUCUGCCGUAUAGCGAGAUAGGGGACGGUUUAAGUAGUCCCUGUAGAGUACUCCUUACCUAGCUCUCCUAGCCCGAGUUCUAGGCAUAGAAAAGGUCUUGGAGUAUAUACACUCUAUAUGUCUUAGCUGGGUCUCUUCUUCUACUCCGUACAUGUAUUACCAUCUUCCAUCAUCGCAACCACCACAGCCGGCUACCUAGCUAC